AUGCCGGCUGCCUCCUGGUGGCGGGCCAGUCCGGCUCCAGGUGGGGCUAUGCCCUCUUGCCGCUGCAGGCGACGGGGCUGCUCCACUCUGAGGGUUUCAAGGGCGCCAAGGGGGCUCUGGAGUUCUGCAGGCUUAGAUUCGCCAGUGCUGCAAAAUAGGCAGCCGUCACAUCCAACAAAGGUCAGCGAGGCAAAAGGACUCGAAGAUGAUCCGUUCAACCCUGGCCUCAAAAAACUCAAGCCGCACUAA